GAAGCCUCUCAAACAUCCCCGUAUUGACUGACCAAUAGUGGCCGAGUCCCAAAUGGCUUCUAGGCUGCACAUAGUGCACUUGGUAAGACGGACAAAUCAUUGCAUUAGUUCACCUACAUAGUGCACACGUACAGGAAGUAUGCAGUGAUUCUGGAUUGGACCGGUGAAGCAGUUUCCGUGCGCUUUGGCGAAGAUGGCGCAAGCACUAUCAGAAGAGGAGUUUCACCGUAUGCAGGCUCAGCUUCUGGAGCUACGAACGCAGAAUUACCAGCUCUCGGAUGACCUGCGAAAGAACACUGCAGAGCUCAACAAUGUCCGCCAGAAGAUCUUGACCUUGGAGAAAGAUUACCUCAAAGCACAGAAGGCACUUAAUAAGAGCAAGAAAGCUCAGGAGGUGGAGGCGUUACUGAGUGAAAAUGAGAUGCUUCAGGGUAAACUGCACAGCCAGGAGGAGGAUUUCAGACUGCAGAACAGCACGCUCAUGCAAGAGCUGUCCAAGUUAUGUUCCCAGAUCGAGCAGUUGGAGGCUGAGAAUCGGGGAUUUCGAGAGGGGAGCGGCCUCCAAGCUCACGCCCCGAGCCCUGUUUCUGGCCCAACAGAUGGAGAACUUUUGCGCCUCCAGGCUGAGAACUCCGCCCUGCAGAAGAAACUGGCAGCUCUUCAGGACAGCGAGCAGAAUCGCACGCGUGGAGUGGAUGUAGGUGACAGGAAAGCAGCAGCGACCGAAGGACAGGCUGACGCUAAUGGUCUUGACCAGCUGCACACAGAUGCUGCUCGCUCCAGUGAUGAUAUGGCAGCUGCUUCAGCCAAUGAUGGGCUUGAGCAGGUAAAAAGUGUCAGUCUGGAGCAAAGAGUAAACGAGUUAACCGAGGUGGAACUGAAGCUUCAGACAGAGAUGGAGGAGAAGCGAUUACUGAAAGAGCAGCUCCAGGCCCUGGAGGCAUCCAAACAAGCAGAGCUUGCAAAACUUCAAGAAGAGAGUGCGAAGCUCUUUGACAAGUUGAAGAAAAAACAGGAGAGCUUCCUGCAGCUCCAGAAUGAGAAAGAGGCUCUCUACCACGACAGCAGGACAAAAAUAGACGAGAUUCAGCAGCGCAAAGAGGAUGAGCUGAAAUCCAUAAACCUACGUGUGCAGAAACUACAGUCUGAUUUAACAAACGCUAACCAGAAUGUUGCUGAGCUCAAGGAGCAGUUGCAGAGCAAGCAGAAAGAGCACGAGAUUGCUCUCCAUGCACUCAAAGAUCAGCUGCAGGUAGCAUGUCAGAGUGCGGUGAGUCAGGAGCAGGUGGAGGGCAUGCUGAGUGAGAAUGAGGCUCUCAGGACUAACCUAGCCGCCCUAGAACAGAUCCAGACAGUGAAGACUCAGGAGAUGAACCUCCUCAGGGAGCAGAGCAUGGCGUUGAACGUGGAGCUGCAGCAGAGACGCAGUGAACAGGAGAGCUUACUGGCACAGAAAGAUGACCUGAGCUCUCAGCUACAGGAGUCAAACCGAGCCAACGGUAGACUAUUGGAGCAGAUCUCUGAACUGGGUCUAGAGAAGGAUAAGCUCCAGCAAGAUCUAGAAGAAGCCAGAAAAACAGCAGACAAGCGCAAAGCCAUGCUGGACGAGCUGGCCAUCGAGACGGCGCAGGAGAAGUCAAGGCACAAAGAGGAGCUGAGCGACGUGCGGCUCCAGCAUGAGAAAGAGGUGCUGAGCAUACGGGCGCGCUACGAGAGAGAGCUUCGCGGCCUCCACGAAGACAAGAGCCGUACGGAGGAGGAGAUCCGCGCCCAGCUACGAGAUGAGAAGGCUCGCAAUAAGGAGCUGGAGGGUCUGCAGCAGAGUGUGGAGGAGCUGCAGGCUCAGUUGCAGUCCAUGGAGGGAACCAAGGGAUGGUUCGAGCGCAGGCUCAGAGAGGCUGAGGAGAUUAUAGAGAAGAACAGACUGGAACACACAGGGGAGAUUGAGAGACUGCAGAGAGAACAAACCCUCCAGCUUGAGGAGAAAUCGGGAGAGAUCGAGGCCGUAAAACAGCAGAUCACCACCAUGGACAAGGAGAGAGACGAGCUCAAUACCACCAUCGCUAAACUCAAACAGGAGAUCAGAGACACUGUCGAUGAACAGCGCAUUCUGGAGAAGAAAGGCAGUUCAGCACUGAAAGACUUGAAGCGACAGCUCCAUCUGGAGCGCAAAAGAGCAGACAAGUUGCAGGAGAGGCUACAGGAAAUCCUGACCAACUCCAAGACCAGGACAGGUCUGGAGGAGCUGGUGUUGUCUGAAAUCAGUUCUCCAUGUCGGACGCAACAGACUGGAGACAGCAGCAGCGUCUCCUCAUUCAGCUACAGAGAGAUGAUGAAGGAAGGAGCUUCGGCGCAGAGCACCAAUAAGUCCAACACGAGCAGUCCUCAAUCCCAAAGACCAGCUGACCUUUCUGAUGACGAGGUCAACGAACUCUUCCAGAGGCUGGCCGAGGUGCAGCAGGAGAAGUGGCUGCUUGAGGAGAAGGUGAAACACUUGGAGGUCAGCUGCGCCUCCAUGGCCGAUGACAUCUGCAAGAAGAGCGCCAUCAUCGAGACGUACGUCAUGGACAGCAGGAGAGAUGGAGGAGGAACUACGUCUCAUGCUGCUCACCAAGGAGAGCGGGGAGGUUUGAGUUCGGUGCUCCGGGAUCUGGUCAAGCCUGGGGACGAGAACCUGCGGGAGAUGAAUAAGAAGCUGCAGAACAUGUUGGAAGAACAACUCACCAAGAACAUGCAUCUACAGAAGGAUCUGGAGUGGUUAUCUCAGGAGAUUGUGCGUUUGAGUAAAGGCACCGAUCCUGCACAAGAUCCCAAGGCCACAGGCUAACAUAAAUAAAAUAAAAAAAAAACCCCAAGCUGCGCCUGUCUGAUUGUCCCUGACUGCAGAGAGAUGCUGCACCUUCAUACCACACAAACUGGAUGACUGGAUCGAACCUCACGUCCGCGCAGAGGAGGAAUAAGUGCGUGAUCACUCACUCGCAAGUCCUCAGCUGCUCAAUAUACUUAACACUCUAACACUUUGCGUCUCGUUUUUGUCUCUGACACGACAAAAAGCACGGCGGUAUCUCGCUAGCUGACCCAGAAUGCUUUGCGUCCAUGAAGUGAGCCGAAAGGGCUUCGUCCCAAACCUUCACCGAGCCCGCUAGCUCGUCCGUGCUGACGAGAGUUUUUGUUUGUCUGUUCAGAGUUUCUGCUUCACAUCAACAGCAGCUUCCCGUUUUCUCUUUGGGUGACGUGUAAAGAUAAAAUUAGUAAUAUAUUAGUUCCAGAUGAUUAUAGGAUGUAUAGUAAUAGCUGGUAAGAAGCGAGUGGUCGUGCUGCUCGUUAAGACACACGAGUUGGGCGAGGUUCGUUACGUCUGCUGUUCAAAAUGCCAACAAUUUAGCGCGUUCAGAGAAACGCGAGCGCACAUAAUUGGGCCGAUAAUCGUCAAAGCGUUUUUGCACGUCACCUCGGAGCACUGCUAUGAAGUAAAUCGACCCCACGGCCUCCUCUCGUUAACAGACCGCCCCCUCUGGUUCUCCGCUUGUCGUUUGAUCCAUUUUUAGUCCGGUAGGAGAUUCCUCUUAUUUCACAGCGAGUUCUGCCCAAAUGCCUGGAUGUUAUGACAUCAUUCCACUUAAACAUAUCAAAGCUUUUGAAGAGACAUUUCACUUAGCGUUUCUUGGACAGAGAAUGUUUUUUUUUUUUUUGGACACUAGAGAUUGAGCUGAGCUCAACCUUGCACCCUUCUUUUAAAAAGAAUCCAGAACAAGAACCUGUCUGAAAUUUCCUGUGUAUGUCCAGGUCUUGCUGUGUGUAAAAGCUUGCACUGACAUCGUGGUCUUCAGUAACUUUUUUUUUUUUUUCCCUUUGCUAAUUCUAUAUAAAUAUUGAAUUGUUAUUCUUUUUUUUUUUAAUAACUGAAUUUAUGACCAAAAUGCUAUGAGGUGCUUCCUCCAAGGGUAUGGUUUGAUAUGAAAGAAGGGAAGGAAUACUCCUGUACUUUUCAACUUCAUGUCUGUCCAGUGCAUCUGCAGCGGAUGUGUGAUUUACCACGGAAUAAAAACGAAACCUGUUUACUCAAAUCUCACGUGUGCUGACCUGGAAAUCCAACUACGGUAGGUAGUCGAAAAGCAGCAGUUAAAUUGAGUCAAAUGAACGCAUUAGGUGUGGCGCAAGUUCGAGAAACGGUACAUUUUAAAUUCGGAGGUGCAAAAGUAAAAAUGUACUCAAGUACGAUGAGACACUUCUGUACAUGUGGUCACAGACUUCAUCCUGUCCGACUAACGAAGCAUCUUGUGUCCUUAACAAAAAGGCAGGAAGUCUUUGGCUGACGUUUCGGGGUCGUCUUGUUUCUGCUCGAUGAAGUGUUUCAAGCGAAGUGAGCGAGUGUUGUGUUACCGUAGCAUUCGAGUUGUAUAUUAUAAUAUAGUUUUUAUACUGUACUUGACUUUUACCACAUUAUUUAUAUCCAAGAAAUAUUCUUUCCACAUUCACUGGAUAUGAGCGAUUGUGCACUCUGAUUGGCUACUCUAUUACGAGGCUAUCAGCUCAUAUACCGUCCGUCCAUCCAUUAUCCGUAGCCACUUAUCCUGUGUAGGGUCGCAGGCGAGCUGGAGCCUAUCCCAGCUGACUACGGGCGAAAGGCGGGGUACACCCUGGACAAGUCGCCAGACCAUCACAGGGCUGACACAUAGACACAGACAACCAUUCACACUCACAUUCACACCUACGCUCAAUUUAGAGUCACCAGUUAGCCUAACCUGCAUGUCUUUGGACUGUGGAGGAAACCGGAGCACCCGGAGGAAACCCACGGGGAGAACAUCCACACAGAAAGGCCCUCGCUGGCUGCUGGGCUCGAACCCAGAACCUUCUUGCUGUGAGGCGACAGCGCUAACCACUACACCGUCGUACCGUGCUGCCCUGCUCAUAUACCGUGAGUAGAGAAAAACAAAAUGGCGGAGCAUGUUAUUGAACCAACCAAGGAUGAAAUAAAAACUCUACUCGAAAACCAACCCCCCCCCCCCCCCCCCCCCCCAAAAAAAAAAGCCACCAAAAUAUGAAAAGUAUUUUAUAGUAAGAACGUAUCUUUGUUUUUAUUUAUUUUUUCAAGAAUUAUUAUAGCAUUUUUCGCAAAUUGCUACCGUCAUUUCGCCGGUUUGUUUACAAUCGAAGCGGAAAUGAUUUUGUCAGACGUUUUGGAUGAAGUUUUUAUUGAUCGAAUUUACUAAAAAUCAAAAUGCCCCGUUUCUCAAAAUCCAGUGAAUGUGGAUAGAAUAAAACAGUCAUUCCACUCAAUCUCGUCGUACACGGCUUACAGCCAACUCAGCGCUACGCGUCUGAAUGGCUAUCGGCUCAUGUACUGUACGACUCGAUUUCGUGGCGUAAUUAAUUGUCCGCGCGACUUUUUUUUAUUAAUACGCUUAGUUCAAAUACUUCCUACUUACAUCAGAUCAUGUUCAUGUGCGUUCAGAAGGGGGGAGGGGUCAGAAAAGACCAGCGCACAUGUCAGCAUCGAGGUUCUUCACAACACCAAGAAAUCUAUGAACUUAUUAUAUGAUGAAAUUUAACAAAAAAAUUUUUUUCGACUUCCUGUACGAGUGAGAUUUGAGUAGACAGGUUUUCACGGGGAGGGGGCGGAGUUACGUUUACCAUCCUUGGAAAUCUCACACACAUGUUACAGAUGCGAUAGAUAGAGAGUAAGAUGAAAAGCACGAGAGCAUUCCUUUUCAAAGGUUCAGUCUGAAUUUUAAUGAUGAGUGAAUACGGAGAGGAAAAGGGAGGAGUCAUGUACCGUGUUUCGCAGUAAAUCUGGUAAUGUUACUGUACGACUGUAUACUUGAGACGGAUUUAUUCACUUGCUUAAACAGUUUGUCAUAAUCCAAUUUAAGCAAUCAUUAAUGUUAUAUGUUUAAUAUCGGGUGCUUGAAAAAUGAUUACAUGCCUAAUUGCUCUCAUUUGAUUUAAUAUUGUUUAUACAUAGUGACUUGCAUGUGGUGUAAUAUUUUACAUUUCUUCCACGGACACUACUUAAAAUAAGAUUUUCCAGUGGAAUGGUGAACGGUGAAAUGACCAGCACGCUUGCUGUGAGGACCUUCACGUUGGACAGAGUGAUUCUUUCGCAUUAUCUGAAAGAAACUUGCUUAAAGUUUAUUUUAUAUCAUUUCACUUGAAUUUUUGUUUGUUUUUAAGCAUGAAUCUCUGUCGACUCAGCUCAACAGGAUCAUCAUCGCUGCUAAUUAGGAACCGAAAGUAGAAUGCCAGUACUCAGUCAGAAUUUCCCCUCAGACCUUCUUGUUAUUUAUUCGUCCAUGUUUGUCAGCUGUCAUGUUCAGUGAAGAGCCUGAUUUCUUGACGUCUUGCAGCGUUAAUAAAGAAUGGCUGGAAAUGAA